AAUGCAGGAGCGAUGAGUGGCACUGGAAACCUGAUGGAUUUUCUCGAUGAGCCAUUCCCCGAUGUGGGACAAAAUGAGGACUUCCACACCAUCGACUGGCUAAGGGAAAAUUCACGGGACACCGACAGACCCAGAAAGAUAACCAGCGAAAGCAAGGAGUCCAUAUGGGGGUUCAUCAGGAACCUGCAGAACGCCUGGUCGGGCUGGGUGGUCAUGCUGCUCAUCGGCCUGCUGGCAGGCACCUUGGCUGGGGUCAUCGAUCUUGCCGUCGAGUGGAUGACAGACCUGAAGGAAGGUGUCUGCCUGUCUGCCUUCUGGUACAGCCACGAGCAGUGCUGCUGGACUUCCAACGAAACCAGUUUUGAGGAGAGAGACAAGUGUCCACGGUGGCAGAAAUGGUCGGAGCUGCUGGUGAAUCAGUCGGAGGGUGCCAGUGCUUACAUUCUGAAUUACUUAAUGUACAUCCUGUGGGAGUUGCUGUUUGCGUUUCUGGCCGUCUCCCUGGUGCGCGUGUUUGCGCCAUAUUCCUGCGGCUCUGGCAUACCCGAGACAGACCUGGAGCUCGAUCUCAAUGAAUCCAAGUUAAAGCAAAUCAGUUACUACUUUCUCUCGGAGACAUUGUGGAGGUCAUUUCUGGCGGCCCAGGUGGUGGCCUUCACGUUGCGAUCCAUCAAUCCCUUUGGGAACAGCCACCUUGUUCUAUUUUAUGUGGAAUAACACACGCCCUGGUACAUGGCUGAACUCUUCCCCUUCAUCCUGCUUGGGGUGUUUGGGGGCUUGUGGGGAACCCUCUUCAUCCGCUGCAAUAUCGCCUGGGGCAGGAGGUGCAAGACCACCCGGCUAGGGAAGUACCUGGUGCUGGAGGUCAUUGUGGUGACUGCCAUCACUGCUGUCAUUGCCUACCCCAGUCCCUACACACGCCAGAGCACCAGUGAGCUCAUUUCUGAGAUGUUCAACGACUGUGGGGCCUUUGAGUCCUCCCAGCUGUGUGACUACAUCAAUGACCCCAACAUGACCCGGCCUGUGGAUGACAUUCCAGACUGGCCAGCUGGGUUUGGCAUUUACACAGCCAUGUGGCAGCUGGCCCUGGCGCUGAUCUUCAAGAUUGUCAUCACCAUAUUUACCUUUGGCAUGAAGAUCCCGUCGGGCCUCUUCAUCCCCAGCAUGGCUGUGGGAGCAAUGGCGGGCAGGAUGGUGGGUAUCGGCGUGGAGUAGCUGGCUUACCAUCACCAUGACUGGAUCAUCUUCUGGAACUGGUGCAGGCCCGGAGCAGACUGCGUCACACCAGGGCUUUACGCAAUGGUGGGAUCUGCAGCCUGCCUAGGUGGAGUUACCAGGAUGACAGCGUUGUUGGUGGUCAUCAUGUUCGAGUUCACGGGUGGUCUGGAGUACAUUGUGCCCCUCAUGGUGGCGGCUGUGACCAGCAAGUUGGUGGCCAAUGCCUUUGGGAAGGAAGGCAUCUACGAGGUCCACAUCCACUUGAACGGCUACCCCUUCCUGGAUGUGAAGGACGAGUUCACCCACUGCACGCUGGCCACCGACAUCAUUCGGCCCCAGCGGGGAGAACCGCUGCUGUCGGUGCUCACCCAGGACCGCAUGACCGUGGAGGAUGUGGAGACGCUCAUCAAGGACACCGACUACAACGGCUUCCCCGUGGUGGUCUCCAGAGACUCCGAGCGCCUCAUCGGAUUUGCCCAGCGGAGGGAGCUGAUUCUCGCAAUAAUGAUCAGAGAGGUGCGAGAGAAUGCGUGUCAUGCCAGGGGCUCGCAAGCGUUCGUGUGUGCGCGGUCACCCGAGGAUCCGUUGGAAAUGCAGACGCUGAUGGAGCAGCACAAGGGCUCAGACCCAAGUCUUGCGUGGCUGGACAGGGACCACGUGUUUGCAAGCAGCCCCCUGCGCCUGCUCCUCUGGGAGGCAAGCUGCAGACGCUGCCUUUUUGGGGAAGUGCUGGAUGAAGCUCAGGAAGAGAUGCUUUGGAAGGAAACCGGGCUGAGUCGGCCGGACAAGGAACCCGCGCCCCGAAGCCGGGCGCACGUUUGUGAUCCAAAGUGA